AUGCCGUUGGGACACUCUGCAGGGAGCACCCGCUCGGAGGAUGGAAGCGAGGCUUUCCUGGAAGGAAUGGUGGAUUGGGAGCUGAGCAGACUACAGCGGCAAUGCAAAGUGAUGGAGGGAGAGAGGCGGGCUUACAGCAAGGAAGUCCACCAGCGCAUCAACAAGCAACUUGAGGAGAUCCAGCGCCUGGAGGGGUUGCGAGAUAAACUUAAGGUGCAGAUCAGCGUCGCCCAGAGCCAGGUCAAGCGGCUGCGGGACAGUGAGAGGCUGGAGAACAUGGGCCAGCUGCUCAAGUGCCGGCUCCAGGUACAGGCCGAGGUCAAGGAGCUACAGGAGCAGACCAGAGCCCUGGACAAGCAGAUCCAGGAGUGGGAGACCCGGAUCUUUGCCCAUAGUAAGGAUGUCAGGGCCCCAGGACUCAUCCUGGAUCAGAAAGUCAAGAUCCGGCAAAGGAUCAAGAUCCUAGAAGACCAGUUGGACAGGGUCACGUGUCGCUUUGACAUCCAGCUGGUGCGGAAUGCGGCGCUGAGGGAGGAACUGGAUCUCCUGCGCAUUGAGAGGAGCCGCUACCUGAACGUGGACCACAAGCUGCAGAAGGAAAUCGAGCUUCUGCGACACAUGGUCAGCUCCCUAAUGGUCUCCUCGGCAGCUGCCUACACUGUCAGGGAGGAGGCAAAGAGCAAGAUAGGCUUGCUGCAGGAGAGGGCGGAGAAGGAGGUGGCCCAGAACGACUCGGAGGUGCAGAUCCUGCAACGGCAGAUCGCGCACCUGGAGCAGCUACACCGCUUCCUCAAGCUCAAGAACAACGAUCGGCUGCCCGACCCCGCGGUCGUAGAGAAGCGCGAGAAACGCGCCCGCGAGGUGGCCGAGGGCCUCCGGAAGACUUCCCAGGAGAAGCUGGUGAUGCGCUGUGAGGACGCCAUGAACAAACUGUCCCAGCUGACAGGGGAACGCGACCCGGACAUGCUGGUGGAGAAGUACCUGGAGAUGGAGGAGCGCAACUUCGCGGAGUUCACCUUCAUCAACGAGCAGAACUCGGAGCUGGAGCAUCUGCAGGAGGAGAUCAAGGAGAUGCAGGAGGCCUUGGCGAGCACGCGCACCAGCGAGGAUGACGUGCGCGCGCAGCAAGAGCAGCGGCGGAGGGACUUGCAGCAGCGAGCGGACGAGGUGCACGGCGAGGCCGUCCGGGUGGAGGCCAGCUUCCAGGACCUUCGGGGGCAGCUGGAGAAGCUCAAGGCGGACAUCCAGCAGCUCUUCACCAGGGCCCAGUGUGACAACACCAUCAUCAAGGACCUCCUGGGGGUCAAGACCCACAUGCGAGACCGGGACAUUGGCCUCUUCCUGGGCCUCAUCGAGAAGCGGCUGGUCGAGCUCCUGUCCGUGCAGGCCUACCUAGAUUUUCAGAACUACACCUCCCCGAGCUGGGUUAACACUGCCCUCCUGGUUCUGGGCCAGAGCCCUGAGGAUCUUCCAAAGAAGAUGGCCCUGCCUCAGCUCCCUGAGAACCAGGAGGACACCCCAGGCUUUGAGGCCAAAGAUGACGCUCCAAUGAGCGAGGAAGAGCUCCGGAGCCAAGUGACAAAGCUGCUGGAGGCUCGGGAGCUGGCUGAGGCCAUGAAGAAGGUCGAUAGCACCCCGAGCGUCCCCGGCCUCUCCAGUACCCAGAGGGUCACCUCCGGCUCACCCUCGGUGAUCGCCAAGAACCCCAGUAUCAUCCCUGGGUCCAUCCUGAGCCAGAGGACUAGUGGCAUCCUGGUGUCCAGUGGAGGCCAUGCCACUGGUUCCAAUGUCGGCCGUGUCACCUUUGGUGACCCCGGCUCCAGCACAGGCCACGUGACCUUUGGUUCCAUCAGCGCCAUGGGAGCACCGCUCUCCAGCUGGGGCUCAACGGGGGGCCGUGUGACCUUCAGAACCCCCAGCUCUAGUAGCUACCUGGGGUCCACUGGAUACGUGGGGUCCAGCGGCGUCCACGAAAGCCAUGCAGGUGCGGAGAGCAGAGGCAUGGGGUCAGAAUCAAGUGGAGGCCUCGGGUCCAGCAGAGGCCAAGUCUCGAGCCCUGACCCCACCUCCAGCACCAACAGGGGCUCCACCACCAGCAAAGACUAGGGCGCCCACCCUGCC